AUGGCAGUUUCCUCGGAGAAGCUUGAUGCUACCAACCAACACAAUUCAUCAUAUAAAUGGACGAACUCAGCAAUACUUGAAGGUCUUAUAUACACCUUCCACCUACUCCCCUCCCAACGCAUUCAACGUUCCCGGAAAAUCCUUGAGUCUUCUAAAUUCGUGGGGCUCAUGCGAACCAUUGGAACAAAUGGGACUUCUCAUGAUACGAGUCGAGUUUAUGACGAAUACGCGGAAGCUAUAUUCUGGCUCCGCGACGCUGAAAUAACACUUCUUGCUCCUGGAUCUGAGUUCAGGAAGGAAAAAAGGAGAGCUACGCAUAAGGCUGUGAAGAAAGUUGACGAGGUGAACACUUUGGCUAAAUCCUUAGUCAAGAAGCUGAGAAAGAAUGAUCACCAAGGAGAGUCUGAAAGUGCCUCCACUCUUGGUUCGACAGAAGAGCCCUUGGAGAAGAUAAAGAAACUAAGACCUAUCCCUAUCGAAUACUUGAUGCCGAUGAGCACACUUCAGAGCAAGGGAAACGUUGACGGGGCGCCAUUGUUCGACCCUUCAACAAAGGAUUUGAAGUGGGAAGACGAGUCAGACGACUCGACAGACGACAAUACGACCUGGACCUCCAAUAGUGAUGAUGAAUAUGAAACUGCUAGUGAGGGUUGGGAUGACUGA